AUGAGUGUCUGUCUGCUUACUUAUGUAAAAGGCUUAGAACAUAAAGAUUCUCUGGUAGGUGUUAGUGAAGUACCGAAAUUCGUUAUUCGUGGUAAUCAAUUAACAAUAAACUAUGUUGAUGAAACUGACAAUGGAAAAUAUACAUGUCAUGCAUAUAAUGAUUAUGAUAAACGAGGACAAAAAGCGGAAUAUAUUCUAUUAUUGUCUACAAAUGGAGUCCACGUUGAUACAUCACAAUUUGAACAAAAUAAGUUGAUCGAACUUCGCUUCGAUCCAUUGAGACGUGAACAUUUUGGAAGUUAUUCGUGUAUGGCAAAAAACAUGGUCGAUACGACGUUUGUUAUUGCCAUUGCACCAAUUUAUGUUGGUCCAAAUACUCAAGUUGUAUCGUCAGUUUCAGACUAUCGAGCGCCCGUCAUCCAAUGGAUAAAAAUGACACGUAGUGUUCAACAGCCCGAAAGUCGAACAUUAGCAUCCGAUAUUGAUCAAGGUGUAAGCGAUAUCUCAACAAAACAAAUUGGACCAACAUUAUGGGAAACAACUCUCUCGGUAAAAGCAUUCAAUUAA